AUGAGGUUUUUCGCUGGAAUUGCUAAGCCAAUUUUGUUGGCUAAGGCAACAAGUAAGAAAUUAAACACCACUUGUCCCCGAACCAUUACAGUGCACAGCCAUAUGAUUCAGAAACGCUCCCCACGAGUCACCUUCCACCAAGAACAAACUCAUUCUUGA